AUGCAUAGCGACAUCGAGCUCAUGGUCGAGCUUCGUGACGAUGACUGUGCCUACUACCUCGUCGACCAUCGGGCGCGCAUUAUCUUCUGGGCGGAGACGACCUUCACGUACGAAGUCGGCCUCCCUGACGUUUCGUCGCCGACUAACCUCGCGGCGCACACAGAAGCGCUUUUCUGGCGCCAUGUCGAGUACUAUCCGUCGCACUUCGGUGGCCUGUCACAGCGAGAUCUCGACAUGCUCUACAAUGUCUUCUCGCAUGGCCUGACAGAUCAGCUCACGUCCCCGACGUCCACCUUCCCUUACAAUGUGCAAGACUGCACGCACUUUGUGUCCAUCCUCAGUGGAUUGAAAGGGCACCUCGCUGACCCUCAUGCUACAUUUGUCGUCGCUCGUCUAUGGUGCAUGGUUUACAUGUAUCGCGCCGAUGUGCACUACGGCACCCCUUACGCGAGGCUCAAUCGGAAUCAGCGCAUCAAGGAAUUCAACGAGGAGGAGCCCAAGAUCAUGAAAUGCGCCAGCCUUGCGACUUUCCGCGUCUGGGAUGACUACCGCGUGCGGUUAGAAGACCAGUUCACCGAUGAUCAGAUCUAUGGCGACCACUGGCGCAAGUUCAUCGACCAUAUACUCCACGACUGGAAGAGCGUCUCGUCGCAGUCUUUCUUCGUGCUCCUCGCUCAUGCCGCACUGCUUUUCGUGUCAUCGUACGCGCCGCUCGCGCUCGCGUCCGCCACCGUCUCAGGCUUGAGCGUCUUGUCUGCAAUGUUCCUGAUCAAUCGCCAUUCGGCGCUUGCCCACACAGGAACAACAACAGCAAAAACCUACCUGCCCCAAGUUUGCCACGAAAAGUACCGCUUCCAGUUCAUCGCCCUCGCCAUGGCCCUCCCUCGGGCACUUCACUUCUGGGGAAUCGCACUGCUUGCUUUGAACGUUCUAUUUAUCGUCGCCUUUUCGUUUGGUAUCGGUCCCACCCUCCUUAUCACGAUCGCCGCCUCGGGAUGCUGCGCCUUGCUGCACUUCAGCACGGUCGCCUUGAAAGUCGCACCCGAGGACAUGAUGCUCCCAUAUUUUGUUUCUCCAGCUGAUCUGAGGGCUUGA